AUGCCUACGAGCAUCAUCUCAAAAAGCAAUGCUUCUCAGCGCAUUGUUGCAACAACAGCUUCAUAUCAACGUCAACUUUCACCUCAACAUCAAUCUUCAACUCAGUAUCAAUCUUUAUCUAUUCGUCAACCGUGUACUCAAACCACCAGUUACUUUGCACCUGUUCAUCAACCACAUACAUAUGGUCCUUCCUACAACCAACAACAUGCAUCACCUUAUACUGUCAAUCGUCGUGAAGGUGGUAUGUCUUAUGCAUCCGAGCUGGAUGCAGAACCUGUUGAUUUGGUCGACGAAAAUAUCCGUCCUGCUCAUCUUGUUACUAUCAAUCAAAACGCACUCGAUAUGCUUGUUGAACGAUGUAGCAUGCUAGAAAAAGAGAUGCAAACAUUACAAUCCAAAACUGACAAAGUACCGAAAAUUGCACUUACUUCAACGAGAAAUGAACAGUUAUGGAAUAAUCAGAAUUUACUUGAAAAACCACGCACAGCUUUGCCUGCAACUUACUUAUGUUAUCCAGUGCGCAAAAUGUAUACUGCUGAAGAAAUAAAAAGCAGAGUACCACAGCUACAGCGAACAGAUGAAUGUUUGACCACAUCGUAUUUUUCACAUGAUCCAUAUUUGGUUGACGAAUUUAUGUCAACAAAAGGACGUGAAAGUUUGCACGCUCAAGAGCGUACAAAGAGAAGUCAAGAAAAAUGCAAAGCAGCAUUAAGAUUGACUGACAAUAACAAAAAUAUUGUGGAUAUUAGUUCAAUGAACAUGAACAACAGCCAAGACAGUCCAGAUAUUGACAUAUUUAAUGAUAUUUAA